AUGGAGGGCCACAAAGGACCAGCUCCGUUAUUUAUGUUAAAAAAAUAGCCCACUUCAAAGUCAGCGAGUAUACAUUUUGGAAAUUAGCUGCUAGAAAAUACAUUUCAACCUCACCGUUUUCAUGUUAAAUAUGUUUUUUUUUUCUUCUCCACACUGUUGUAGUUAUUAUCAGAGGUGGAAUGUAACUAUGUGCAUUUACUCAAGUGCAGUACAAUUUUGAGGUACUUUACUUAAGUAUUUACAUUUCAUGCUACUUUCAGCUUCUAGUCCACCACCUUUUGGAGACAAAUGUACUUUUUGUUUCUCCAGCUCAUUUAUCUAACUACAUCAGUUACUAAUAGUUCAGAAUAUUAAAACAAAAAUAUAAAUCAAUUUAACUAUUAAAAUAUAAUAGCUUAAGCUAACCAGCCAUAUGCAAUGUGAUUAAAACUAGUCCUGACUUUAUCAUCUGCAACAUUGAAGUAUAUGAUUACAUCACUAAUUCUGUAAUAUAAUAUAUAUGAAUCUGGAAUGUGCCAUUCUGCAUAAUGAGUACUUUUACUUUGGGUGCUUUUUAGUAUAUUUUGAUGCUACUAAUAUAUUUACUUAGGUAACAUUUUGAAUGCAAGACUUUUGUUUGUAACAGAGUGUUUUUACACUGCAUUAUUUCUUCUUUUACUGAAGUGAAAUAUCUGAAUAAUUCCUUCACCAUUGGAUGUUUUCGCUUAUUGUUCUUGGGGCGUCAGUCUGCCUUUAUUUUGAAAUGCGGAUGUGACACCGGAAGCGGAAGUGCAGUACGGAACGUGUUUAGUGACGCACAGUCCGCCAUUUAUGACAUCUGAAAGUAACAUCUACACGGAAGAAAGGCGGUUGUUGUGUUUCAAGUCCAACUGACUCUUAUUUAAGUUACUAUUUACGCUAUAAAAAUGCCCCGCGAACCGGCGGACACAGCGAGUUGAGCUUUAGCGUCUGACCGAGGAAAAAUGGAGGCGAGGUUCGGCAGCGAAGUGGCGUCGGUCGUGGAAGUUGCCAUCCAGGCGACCGUGUCCGUUUUCAGGAAUGUCUGGGCGAAAGAGGCGCCAAACACGGAGUGGGAAGAGGCGACGGUCGGCGAAAUCCAGGAGAUAGAGAAGAGCCUGGUGGUUCAGAUCCACAAGGUGUUCACGGAGUUCUCAUCGGAGCUGUUCGAGGAGAACGAGGCUCUGCGGGCCAAAGUGGAGCAGCUGGAGGACGUGCUGCAGAAGAAAGCCGGGCAGCUGGAGCAGGAGCUGGAAGCCAGAGUGGGUCAGCUCGGCCGGGAGAUGGAGCAGCUGGAGAAGGAGCUGAGGAGCAUCGGGGAAGGCGGCAACAAGAUGCAGGGAGGCCCGACCCACGUCCUGGUGCAGGACUGCUCUCUGAUAGGAGCACCGGUGUUGUCCAUCUCCACCGGCCCUGCCGCCCCUCUGGUCAGUGCGAAGGAAUCCACGUCAAAUCCGGUGACAGCGGGGAGCCCUGAAGCUGUUCCCAGCCCCACAGCUGGAUCAGUGACUGUCCCCAAACCAGCGACAGCCCCGACGGCGUUCGGCGACAGCCCCGCUCCCACGGUGCCGCUGGUGGGUGCUGGCCAAGUCGUCGCCCUGCCUCCCGUCUCUGCGGCCUCACCGGAGUCUGCUCCUCAAGGCGCCCCCAGUCCAGACUCCAGCACCGCCAGCGGUGUGGACUCGGCACGAGUGGAAAAGAAAUCUGUAGAAGAGGCACCUUCAGGGAGGCCGAGGAGGACCAGGAGAGCAACUUUCAAAAUUGAAGAAGUUUCCACUGACGACAUCGCCGAAGAGAAACAAAUCCAGACGGGUGGAGUGCCGGGAAGGAGGCCGAGCAGAAAAGACGCGCAGACAGCAAAGCGGUUCUCCUGCGAGCACUGCGACGUCACGUUUCAUUUGAAGGGCGAUCUGAAGAAACACGGGAAGGUCCACAAGAAGCCUUUCCCUUGCGAGAAGUGCGGCAGAAGUUUCCUGGAAAAGAAGUCUCUGGAAAACCACCUCUCACGUCACGAGACGAGCAAAGCACCCCUGCCCUUCCCCUGCUCCCAGUGCAAGAGGUCGUUCCGGAAGGACCAGUCGCUUCAGAACCAUCUCAAGCGCCACCAGCGGGCGAAACCGCCGAAGCCGUUCGCCUGUGACCAGUGCGGGAAGACCUUCCGGAUCGAGCGGUCUCUGGAAAACCACCUCCUGCGCCACGAGAAGUGGAAGCAGAUGUUCCAGUGCCAGCUCUGCGACAAGACCUGCAGGACGUCGGUGCAGCUCAGGUGCCACAUGGCCGUGCACUCGGAGGAGCGGCCGUUCAGCUGCGCGACGUGCGGGAAGGAGUUCAAGAGCAAGGACACACUCCGCUUCCACCAGAUCGUUCACUCCAACUCCAAGAAGUACAAGUGCUCCAUGUGCGAGGAGACAUUCAAAUAUGCCCACUCCCUGACCGUGCACAAGAGGAAACACACGGGCAUCACGCCGUUCACGUGCACCGUGUGCAACCGGUCGUACCGGACCGGCACGGCUCUGAAAAGGCACAGUGUGGUGCACACGGGGGAGAAACCGUUCACCUGUCACAUAUGCGGCGCCCGGUUCAGCCUGAACAACAACCUCAAGCGGCACCUCCGCAUUCACACGGGGGAGAAACCGCACUCCUGCCAGGAGUGCGGCAAGAGCUUCUCGGACAACACUAAGCUGAAGUCCCACAUGCUCAUCCACGGCGCCAGGAAGCCGUUCAUGUGCGACCUGUGCGGGAAGACCUUCCUCUUCAACUGCAGGCUGCUGAUCCACCAGAAGUACGUGCACGCGGACAGGAACCAGGACGUGGACGGCACGCAGCGGUUAUUCCAGACCAGGAAGCGGAACAAGUCGCUGGUGAAGCCGUUCAGCUGCAAGAUAUGCCUGAGGGGUUUCAGUGCUGCGGGCUCCCUCAAGCUCCACGAGAGGGGCCACUGCGAGCACAAGGAGUUCAACUGCGGCAUAUGCGGGAAGUCGUUCCACAACAAGUACUCUUUCGGCUACCACCAGAGGAGCCACGCGGGGGAGAAGCCAUUCGUCUGCGACGUGUGCGGCAAGAGGUUCUUCCACGCCGGCAGCCUGAAGCAGCACGAACGCAUCCACACGGGGGAGAAGCCGUACAAGUGCGACCAGUGCGGCAAGGCCUUCCGAACGGACGGGAACUUCUACAGGCAUCUGCGGAUCCACACGGGCGAAAAGCAGUUUGAGUGCUUGUACUGCCACAGGAAGUUCCACCAGUCGAACCAGCUCAAGUCCCACAUGCAGAUCCACACGGGGGAGAAGCUGUACUCGUGCCAGCAGUGCUCCCGGGGUUUCUCGGACUCGAGGCAGCUGAAGAAGCACAGCUGCGACGGGCCUACAUUUGUGCCACUUCCAUUUCCGGAAUCAAUGGCGCUGCUGUCUGUCAGCACUGUUAGGAGUCGGCUGUUAGCGUUGAAGGUAAAAAUGUCAGAAAACUUAGUGUUUUAUUCAGAAACAAAGUCCAUCAUUGAGACGGCGAUUAAGACUGCUGUUGAUAUCGGAAAUUCCAAAAAAGAAAAAUUAACUACGGAGCCAAAUAUGAGACGUGAGACGGAUUUCGUGGAAAUGUUGGCACGGGAGGCGACGAGAAAGAUCGACGCCAUUUUCUCCCAGCUGUCCUCAACGCUGCACGACGACAACAAGAGUCUGCAGGCCAGAGCGGGGCGGCUGGAGAGCGAGCUGAAGCUCACGACUGAAAACUUGGAAAAUGCCACAGCGUGGAGGGAAAACGUCCUGAGCGGCUGCCCCGUCCUGUUCGAGCAGACCGGCUUGAUCUACACCUUGAAGCCCUUCGGGACGUUGAAAAGAAAGACAGAUAAAUUGACGGAGGAAGUCACAGAAACAGCACCCGCUGCUGGGAUGGAGAGUGGACACGAUGCUGAAGCUGCAGAGGGUUACACCACGACAAACACGGCCGAAUCCCAAAACGCUGACAGCCAGAACGCACGGGAGGCGCCAGCCAAGAGCAAAGGGAAGUCCUUCGUCUGCGAAGUCUGCAACAAGAGCUUCAACCGGCACUUUCAUCUGACGAAGCACGCCAACACUCACAGAGAGCAGAGGCUGCUCGCCUGCGACCAGUGCCCAAGGAAAUUCCGGAAUGCGGCGACCCUCGAGCACCACCUGCUGCGGCACGAGGAGAGGAAGCACGCCGCCUUCGAGUGCCGUCUCUGCAAGAAGAUGUUCAAGACCAAAAUGUACCUGAAGACCCACCAGCUCGUCCACACGGACGCGAGGUCCUUCACGUGCCCCGCCUGCGGGAAGGCCUUCAAAACCAAGCAAGCGCUGGGGGCCCACCAGGUCGUGCACACCGUCGAAAAGCCGCACAAGUGCGCCGAGUGCGGCGAGAGUUUCCGGUACGCGUUCACGCUGCAGUGCCACAAAAGCGUCCACACGGGGGAGCACCCUUACAAAUGCGCGGUGUGCGGCAAAGCGUUCAACAGGAGGAGGUCGCUCCGGACGCACCAGUCCGUCCACAGGGGGAAAAUGUUCACGUGCGAGACGUGCGGAGCGGGCUUCACCCUGCAGCACAACCUGAAGAGGCACAUUCGCAUCCACACGGGCGAGAAACCCUUCAAAUGCGACGUGUGCGGGAAGAGCUUUGUUCAGAACAAGCUGAAAGCGCACAUGCUCCUUCACGGCGCCGCCAAGUCGUUCAUGUGCGACCUGUGCGGCAAGACGUUUCUCUACAACUGCCAGCUGCAGAGACACCAGAAGGUCACCCACGACGAAAGACACAGCCAGGUCAUUAGAAAACGAACCCGAGGCAACCGCCGAGUCAUCUAUCGACAGGACAAAACCACGGUGGACAUGACGCCGUUCAGCUGCCGGACCUGCCGCAAGGGCUUCGACACGGCGGGCUCGCUGAGGAGACACGAGCUCAUUCACACGGGGCGGAAGCAGUACAGCUGCGACGCGUGCGGGAAGUCUUUCUUCUACAAAGCCACGUACGACUACCACCAACGGAUCCACUCGGGGGAACGGCCGUUCGGGUGCGACGUGUGCGGGAAGAGGUUCAUCAUCCGCCAGGCGCUCAAGUCCCACGAGCUGCAGCACUCCGGGGAGAAACCGCACACGUGCGAGCACUGCGGCAAGGCGUUCAGGAUCUACACGAACUACCUGAGGCACCUGCGGGUCCACACGGGGGAGAAGCCCUACGAGUGCGAGGUCUGCGGCGUGAGGUUCAGGCAGCUCGGACACGUCAAGUUUCACAUGCAGGUCCACACGGGAGAGAGGCCGUAUUCCUGCGGCGGCUGUGGACUUGGGUUUUCGGACUCGAGGCUGCUCAAGAGACACAACUGCCUUGUCAGAAUGUCUGAUUUGGAGGCGCAGGUGGGCUCCAUUUUGGAGACAAUGGUGAGUACGACAGUGACAGAAAUGACCAAAGUUAUCGGCGGCUCCGCUUCAACACGGUCAGAAGUGUCGUCAUGUACGACCGAGAACAUGCACGGGUCCUCGGAGGAGAAGGUGAUCCAGUGCAGCGUCUUCAUGACGUCUCUGGCUCGAGAAGCCGUGGAGAAGAUCUGCCAGCUGUUCCUCCAGUGUUCCUCUCUGCUGCAGCUAGAAGUGACGCAGGGUGUUGCAGAGAUGGAGGACCUGAGGAGGAGACUGGAGGUGGCGGAGACGGAGCUGAAGCUGGUGCUGGAGGGCAGCGGAGGCCAGAAGGAGGCGGAGGAGCUGACGGAGGAGGGCAGGGGGGAGAAGGAGGGCGGGGAAGCUCCGACCAACGGAGGAGAGACUGUCCAGAGCCAGCGAUCAGGGAGGAAGAGUCGCAGAGUUGUGGCUAGCGGUGAUGCUGGAGUGAAGAGAUCGCCCAUAAUUCACCUGUGGAAGGGCAGAACUUAUGAGGACUGUGUCCAACCUGUGAUAAUAAAGGAGGAAGGAGUGGAGGCGUUUGCUGACCAGGCGUUCGCUGACCAGGCGUCCUCUGAUUCGGGUCAGUACAGAGAGGAUCCAGGCCAGGAGGACGAUGACGACCCAGACUACCAGUUGGAGCCAGAAGAUCCCGAUAACGGUGACCCAGGAUUCACCAGCAGACCGAAACGCGUUGCAAAGCCCCCAAAGUCCUAUCGGGGUCGGGCGAAGAGGGAGAGUCAGGGCCAGGGCCAGCAGCCUCUGAGCUGCAAACACUGCCGGAAAACCUUCAGCUCAACCCUGCAGCUCAAGGCCCACCAGGCCGUCCACGGGGCCAACGCCGAGAAGCCCUUCCACUGCUCCCAGUGUGGCAGAGGCUUCGCGUUCCAGCGAAGCCUCAAUGCGCACGUGCUGCUUCACACGGGGGAGAGGCCUCACACCUGCGAUGUUUGUGGGAAAGGUUUCACCCUGAAGCAGCUGCUGAGGAACCACCAGCGUCUCCACGCCGAGGUCCGCCCAUUUCGCUGCGAGCAGUGCGGCAAGAGCUUCUACCGAGCCCACGGGCUGAAGAUGCAUCAGAUGGUCCACACGGGGGAGCGGGCCUACAACUGCCAGUACUGCAACAAGAGCUUCACGAUACAGGGCAACCUGCAGCGCCACCUGCGCAUACACACGGGCGAGAAGCCGUUCCGGUGCGACACGUGCGGCAAGAGCUUCAACCAGGCCGACACCCUGAAGGGCCACCAGCGGAUCCACACCGGCGAGCGUCCCUACAGCUGCGAUACGUGCGGCAAGUGCUUCAUCCAGAAGAGCGCCCUGAAGAUGCACCAGAAGAUGCACUCGGGCGAGAGGAAAGCACUGGCGUGCGUCGCGUGCGGCGCCGUGGUGGCCUGCGUCGACUCGCUCCGCAAGCACCUGCUGACUCACGCGGCGACCAUCCCGUGCACGUGCGUGCUCUGCGGCCGGCGGCUCGGCUCCAUCACGGACCUGCGCUCGCACCAGCAGCACCACACGGUGGACCGGCCGCACAGCUGCGGGCUGUGCGGGAAGAGCUUCAAGUCGUCCAGCUACCUGAAGAUCCACCUGAAGACGCACAGCGGGGAGAAGCCCUUCUCCUGCCACAUCUGCGGUCGCAUGUUCACGCAGCACAGCAGCCUCAAGUCGCAUCAGGUGGUCCACACCGGAGAGAAGCCGUUCAGCUGCGACACGUGCGGGAAGUGUUUCAGCAACACGGGGAACCUGAACAGACACCAGCGCAUCCACACGGGCGAGAAGCCGUUCAGCUGCGACACGUGCGGCCGCAGCUUCAACCAGGGCAACAGCCUGAAAGCCCACCAGCAGAUACACACCGGGGAGAAGCAGUUCAUGUGCGACAAGUGCGGGAAGAGCUUCUCCUACCUGAGGAACCUGAAGGACCACAAGUGUUUCUACGUCUGAGGCUGACGCAGUGGGUUGGCGUUGGCUUCCCUGCACCUGUAGAGGAAGACUUUGUUGUGAUGAUGAAGUUAGGUUUUAAGCAAGGUCACUUUCGUGACAAUCUAGUGUCCGCUUGGUGAGACUCGGAGGAGCUGCCGUACCAGACAGUGAGAGACGAGGUCGGGACGCUCUCUGUGAUUUAUAGAAGUGGACCAACAGCUGCCCGGAGAAAUGAAGGAGUCUGUCUGGGCAGUGGGAUGGUUAGAGAUGUGAACCAGGCCUUUGAUGUGUGCCCUUAAUUAACAACCGUUUAGUUGAAGUUGAAAAAGGUUUAAGAGGCUUAAGUGAGCACCUUCUUAAUGUUUUGUAUUUAAGGCAUUAAUCUGUCGUGCAGUGAGUGAAAUGGGUGCGGCAGCUUGAAUAAGCUACAAGAGAUUGUAAAAGACACCAGUGCUUCUAAAUGACAGACGACGGUCGGAACUAAAAUAGUCGGUGCUCAUGUCGCCCUAAAUUGAAAACAUGGACACAGGAAAGACAAAGUGCAGCCUGUAGAGUGUGAUGCUGGGUGCUACAAACAAAGAGUUCUACUUGUUAGUGCCACCAUUGUAAUGGCAGACACCUCAUUGAAAAUCAAUUGUUUCAACUUUCAUAGUCCCUUUAAUUCAAGUUUUGGACCACUGUGGCAGAUUGAUUUAAAAGUGUACAACGUUUCAUUACUUUCCCUGACUUUUAUUAGAGGUAUCAUAAACAAACCAGGCACAAUUCAAAUAAGCAGUAUUUUGCAGACAGAUGUUAAAUUAGUAUACCUCUGAUUUAGAUUGUAAAAUUCAAAGUGUGACUGACUUGUUUUACUGUAUGAAGCUUUUUUCAGGAUUUUUAAAUGACACAAUUUAAGUUGUAAGACUGGUAUUUAUAAAGGCUUAACCUAAUUUGGAAACAAAGUUGCCUUGUGUGCAUUGGAAGAUGUGCUGACUGAGAACAAUAGCGUUGUUGUUUUAUAUCUGUAACUUCUCUUGUGGAGUGUGUGUUUGCUAAAACUCAACUUUGUGACUGUGAGUGAAACGGAUAAACAUUGAAAUUUAAAUCUU